CCCGGCCGAGCGCAGGGGGCGGCGGAUGGGCCGGGGCCAUGGAGCUGCUGAAGCCGAACCGGAGCGUGCCGGGAUACGGACCCGGGCCGGCGGCUUCCCUGUGCCGCCCGGGGGGCCCCCUCCUCAACGGCAGCGGCACCGGCAACCUCAGCUGUGAGCCCCCGCGCAUCCGCGGAGCCGGGACACGAGAAUUGGAGCUGGCCAUUAGGGUCACCCUCUACGCUGUGAUCUUUCUGAUGAGUGUCGGAGGAAAUGUGCUCAUCAUCGUGGUCCUGGGACUCAGCCGCCGUCUGAGGACCGUCACCAACGCCUUCCUGCUCUCCCUGGCAGUCAGCGACCUCCUUCUGGCCGUGGCUUGCAUGCCCUUCACCCUCCUGCCCAAUCUCAUGGGCACAUUUAUCUUUGGCACAGUCGUCUGCAAGGCGGUUUCCUACUUCAUGGGCGUGUCUGUGAGCGUGUCCACGCUAAGCCUCGUGGCCAUCGCCCUGGAGCGGUACAGCGCCAUCUGCCGACCACUGCAGGCGCGUGUGUGGCAGACGCGCUCACACGCGGCUCGAGUGAUCGUAGCCACGUGGAUGCUGUCCGGACUGCUCAUGGUGCCCUACCCGGUGUACACUGCCGUGCAGCCAGCGGGACCUCGUGUGCUGCAAUGCAUGCAUCGGUGGCCCAGUGCGCGAGUUCGCCAAACCUGGUCGGUACUGCUGCUUCUGCUCUUGUUUUUCGUGCCGGGGGUGGUUAUGGCGGUGGCCUACGGGCUUAUCUCCCGCGAGCUCUACUUAGGGCUUCGCUUUGACGGUGACAGUGACAGCGAGAGCCAGAGCCGGGUCGGAAGUCAAGGAGGACUGCCCGGUGGGACCGGACGAGGUCCUGCCCACCCGAACGGGCGUUGCGGGUCGGAGACCCGGCUGGCUGGCGAGGACGGCGAUGGCUGUUACGUGCAGCUUCCGCGCUCCCGGCCUGUACUGGAGCUGUCCGCGCUGACCGGACCCACGCCUGGGCCAGGAUCCUGCACCCGGCCGGCCCAAGCCAAGCUGUUAGCUAAGAAGCGCGUGGUGCGGAUGUUACUGGUGAUCGUUGUGCUUUUUUUCCUGUGUUGGUUGCCAGUGUACAGCGCCAACACGUGGCGCGCCUUCGACGGCCCCGGUGCACAUCGCACCCUUUCGGGUGCGCCCAUCUCCUUCAUCCACUUGCUAAGCUACGCCUCUGCCUGUGUCAACCCCCUGGUCUACUGCUUCAUGCACCGCCGCUUUCGCCAGGCCUGCCUCGACACCUGUGCCCGCUGCUGUCCUCGGCCUCCGCGAGCUCGCCCCAGACCUCUACCGGACGAGGAUCCUCCCACCCCCUCCAUCGCCUCACUGUCCAGACUGAGCUACACCACCAUCAGCACGCUGGGACCUGGCUGAGGGGUGGAGCGGGAGUGGGAGCUGAGGCGGGACAGACGGACUGGCCCCAUCCAGACACAUGAAAGACGCAGACCAACGGACACAAGAGACUGACUAACCCCAACGCACAGGAAAAGGUGGCUUACCCCACACAGGAAAGAAGGCACUUGAUGUGGGACUGAGCCUGGCACACAGAGACAUGGCACUGACCUUGGACAUACAGACACAGCGUCCCUAGCUGUGGACUAUCUCUACACUGUGGAAACUCUGACAGGGGCUGACUUGCCUCUUACACAUAUAGUAAUGGCACUGAAUCUUUUAGGGCUCUGGAGCCUGGCACAGGAAUGACUCCUGAGAUGCUCCAGGCUGUCCCCAGUUUGACCUCACCGUGCCCUUCCCCAAUCAGUGCUGCAAACACCAACCUGUCUGAUCUCACACUUCCCAGACCAACAAGCUGUUUUGCACUGAAAAGUCCUCUCAUUCCUUUCCAGUUAAAUACUAUAGGCCUUCCCCUCCUCCCUUACCCAACUUUUUCAAGAAAUAAUAAAUGACUUGGCUUCCCCCUUAAUUUCCUUUUUGGACUUUUUUGGGGCAUGCGUGGAGGCACAGGAUUUUGUAGAGUCCUCUCCGUCAGGUCCCUCCCCCUGCUGUUCACUCCUGUGCAUGACCCCCUGCCAAAAAGCCCGUGGUCUGAGUCUAGAUGAGGCUGUGUAAAUUCUCUCCGAGUGGUCAACCUGGACCCGCCUCACACCACAGUCGUAUGCAAUAGCUGGGAAUGGAGGUGGGGCUGGGAGGUGGGACAUCCAUGACACAUAAUGAUUCCUGAGCACAUUGUCCUAAAGUGGUACCAUUGUUAAGGUGCUGUAUUAAUAGAUGCUUAUUAAAAUUUUAAUGAAAAGAGGAAGCAGUGUAUGAUAAGACUCAGUUUAUUCAAUGUGUAUUUGAAACACCAUGGGUCAGAACAUGACAGGUAUACAGAAUUAAUUAAAGAGUAGGGACUUUUUAAUGCACUCUUCCCCAUGGAAACACCCUUACUGGCCAGCAGCAAGGAGGAGAGGUAGCGUAGGGAGACAGGGGCCUGGACCUGAAUAGGAGUCCCAGAGCCCAGCCUCCCUCUUGACUAUAAGACUGAUCCAGCCCCAGAGAGGGACGGAGACAGCAAUACCACCCCUCCACACACAUAAUGACAAACAGGAAGAACAGAUGACCUCACCAAGGGGACAUACAUAAAUAAACAGAGGCAUGGUAUGCUGGGAGAGGGCUCCUUGACACUUCAUCUUGUAAUAGUUGGGGAAACUGAGACCCAGAACAAGAAAGAAAGCUGCUCAAGGUAAUACAAUAAAUUGGACCAAGACAGAAAUAACCCUAUUGAAGUAGGCACUGAGCUGGAGGUGGGAGAGACGCCGUACCCAUCAAGGGGCAGACCCAAGUUCUGUGGGGCCUGGAGCUUAUAAAACUGGGUGCCCUUUUUUAAGAAAAAAAAAUGAAAUUAAAGAUACAAAAUUGCUAGGACACUGACCAGGGCCUUUGGAAGAGACCUGUGGAGUGAGGAGCCCUGAAAUUUAAGCCUCAUUAGCUUCUCAGCCAAUAAUAUCUCUAAAAUCCACCCACUAUGCUGGACAAAGGCUGGAUGGAGUGAAGGGUAGUGAGAAGGGAGAGUGGUCUUCUCUUUACCAAUGCUGAGCUGCUCCCAUCCAUCCUUUCUACAGGGCUCUGGGCUGCAAGAGGCAGGAGGAAGGAAGAAAAGGGUGGAGAAGGCGUUCCAAGCUGUCAACUAAGACAGCACUGGUUAAAAAUAGAAUCCCAGCUGGUCGGAGUUGUGGAAAGCAAGAUAUUGGACCUUUUUCUCUCAUGCCAGCUUUCCAGGGGGUGGAAAUAAGGUUGCCCAUUGCCCUUGCAGCAUUCCCCAGCCCCCAGCCCCACUAUCCCUUCUGAAGGAGAGACCGCCUUGUUGAGGCUGCCCCACUGUCAGCCCCUCCAGCUGGGGCCUGGGCUCCUGCUGACCAUC